CCUUCGCUCUUGAGCCGCUUCAGCCGCCUUCUUUCCGUUAUCUCCGCACUUGUCAACAAGCUUUACCUUCAGUCAGUCCGCCACCAGGAGGGAGCAGGAGACUUUCCCCCCAUCCCACUAUUGUUGUGAUCUACAAUAAGUCAAUAACAGUUCCUCUGGAAGUUUUGGAAAACGUUUUUCAACCUCAAAAAAGUGACAUUUUGCUUACAACCGAGGGCGCAAAAAGAUGCUGGAUCGUUAUUACCAAAAUGUUUUAUCACUGCUCUUUGGAUGCGUGACUUGUCUUGUCCUGGCCUCUGUUGUUAAUGCAGACGGUCAGUUGUUCGUGUUGGACCAGAGAAACUCCUCUGGUCUGCUGGGUUUCCAAGACGCUGAGCGUGCUUGUGCCUCACGACAUGCCCGUUUGGCUUCAGCAGAAGAGCUCCGUCAUGCUGUGGUAGACUGCUUCUUCUCCCCAUGCACCCGUGGGUGGCUCUACGGGGGCGAAGUGGGGACUACGGUGUGUAAUGUCGUGGGCAGUGCACUGAAAGCAGUGGAUGUAAGAACAGAAAAUGCUACAGAGGACGCUGCACAUCUGGGUGCUUUUUGUAUCAAAGAUAAAGGCACGCCAUGUGGUGACCCUCCAUCCUUCCCUAAUGCCCGUCUGCAAGGGCAUGCAGGCUUUGAGAUGGGUGAUGAGCUGCUGUACACAUGUCUGCCUGGAUACAUGAUGCCCAGUGGGCAAAACGCCUUCAGUCUGGUGUGUGACAGCUGUGGAGAGUGGUAUGGACUGGUGCAGAUGUGUGUCAAAGAUGAGAAUGAAAGUCAUGUAGAUUAUGAAGACAAGUUCACAGAUUCCUACGGUGAGGUAGAGGACCACAGCAAGGACAAGAGACCAGAGGAGGCUAAUAGAAAGGCGUAUGAGGCGCAUGUAGCAGUCCUUCCUGGAGGGGAGAAGAUUCAGGAGCACUCAGAUGCAAUGUUCAAUGUCAAAGAAGAGGAAGAACAUCAAGAUGAUCAUGGCGAGCAGGAAGAUCAGGGAGAAGGGAUUGAGUACAGUAGCAAAGUGAGGGAAACUGCACAUGGACAAGAACAAGCUGAGGAAGAAACCGUCGAGGACUUUAUAGGCCAUCAAAGGUGGGAGCAAGAAAGGAGGCCAGUGGUCAGGACUGAUGAAGCAGCAGCAACAGAAGCACCCGUCUCCCUUCUCUCCCAAAAACAUCUCUUUUGGUUCCCAUCCGAGGCCUUUCAGGAGGAGGGACGUCCUCUGUCCACCAACUCUGCCACACAGACCACACAAAGAGCUUCAGGAGGCCAAUCAGAAGAGAGCAAGGAGCAUGACAGCAAAGAAAAGCACCACCAGCAUUCUGUUGAAUUUGACGACCGUGAUCAUGAGCAAGACAGAUAUGAUGACCAUAACGAUCAUAUCAACAACCGCCACCACAACCAGGACCGUGAUGACAGCCACCAUGACGAUCAUGAUGACCGAGAUAACCAAGACAGUCAUCAGGACGAAGAUGAUGAUCAUGAGAGCCAUUAUCGCCCUGCUCAGCAUGAUCUAAAUCUAAACACACGCGACCGCUAUGAAGACCACGAUGAUCAUGAUGACCAUUAUGACAUGGGAGAACAUGAAGAUGACCGUGACCAUGUUCGCUAUGGAGGCCACGAGUACGAUGACCAAGUUGACAAUUAUGAUGAACAUGAAAGCUAUGAAGAUCAUGAAGAUGUGACUGAUGACCACAGGGACCGAGAACACCCUGAUGCUUCUGAGGAGCAUCCCGACAACAAUGACCAUGACGAUGUCGACGGACAUUACGAUGAUGAGGAUGACACUGACCGGUUCUCUGAUCAUCAUGAUCGUGAUGAUCAUGACGACCAUGACAACUAUGAUGAUCACGACAGCCACGAGGAUGACGACCACCACCAUGUGAUCUUUUCAAUAGCACAUGAUCGCAAGAACAUCACACAGAAGGUCGCAGGUGGAGAAACUGCCACCACAGAUGAAACCUGGCUGGAUGGUUACCCUAUCGUUCACAAGGAAACAGACACAACUGAAACAACUGAAAAAGCAAGACCAGAGAAUAAAGAGAGAGGCACAGCUGUCAGGACAACAGACAGACCCAAUGAAGUGGAAGUUCGUAAGCCUUUUCCUUACACCAAACAACCAGAAGACUCCAAAUCUCCAACCACAGAGCCUGAGUUAGAGCAGGAGGGGGUAGAUCAAGCACAGCCAGGCAUUGUCCCCACUGCUACCUCAUCUAUUGAUCCUUCAGACACGCCCUCAUACUCCGACACCUUGGACUACGACACGCAACAGGCUGCUCCCACCAACUCCUGGCUUGAUGAUCUUACCGAGCACCCCUUCCUCGAUCACGGUCCAGCUCCACCCUUGAACGACAUCGACGUCAUUGCUGGGACUGGAUUUGUUGAAGAACACACCGUCCACAAUCUUCCUGGUGAAACUGGUGAGCGGGGUGAGGUGGAAGGUGAGAUGGGUGAGACAAUCUGUGUGGAUGAGAGCUGCCCUCCCCGACCUCCUAGCUCAUCAGGCCGAGGUCCCACCAUCGCGGCCAUAAUCGCAGCAGUGUGUGUAGUUGCCGUGGCAGUAAUUGUUGGAGUGUGGUGCUACCGACGGCAACUGAACAAGAGUUCAGUGUACGAGAUGAAUGGGAAGGGCCAAAGUCAAACCAGACAAGGCCAACAGAUAGAAAUGCAGCAAAAGGUUUAAAAAAAAUGGAGUAAGAGGAAUGGACCCUGACAGAGGGCAGAGACAUUUCAGAGGGGUAAGAAGAUUCGGAGGAAUUUGCAGGGAAAGCGCAGCCCCUCCUCCUGCUAGAUACUACUGCAUAGUUGAAUAUUUCAGAUAGGUAUAAAGAGGGGAUUUGUGCUACAGAUUGUGUUGGAAGAGAAAAACUUUACACAUAGGAAAGCUAAAAUUUCAGCAAAACAAUUUGAUAAAAGUAGGAACUGGUGUUUUAACAUAAUAACCCUGGAUGGAAGUAGUUAUGCCUCCCACUCUUUCAUUCCAUUUUCAUCCAACUUUGUUAUAUCUACCCAACUAUUUUUAAAGAUGUAGCAUUUAGGUGGACAGAUGGAGGGGCUGUGCCUGGACUGGACUCCAUAAUCUGAAAAAGGAGAUUAUAAGGAAAUAACCAUGUAGGAAAACCUCACCAGAGGGCAUGCCUGCCUGAACAUAUGAACUUCCAAACUUUGGACCUUGUGGUACAAAAAGUCUUUGUGUGAAGAUAUUGUCAGUUUUGAUGAAUGCUAUUUUGCUAGGUUUUUCUGUAUUGUUCCUCCAUUGCUUCUUGUGUUGUUUUAGUAAAAGCUACAUUUUUCAAAUUAUCCCACAACAAGAGCUCUGAAGUACAGCACACUUCUGCUCAUCGCUAUAGAGUUGGACAAGGUGUUAAUCUAAUAUUCCAGCUCAUGUCAGACCAGUGUUAAAAUGUGAGUAAAAGGAUGAUGAUGAUGAUGAUGAUGAUGAUGAUGAUGAUGAAAAGAGUAAGUGAGGUUAGUGGUAUUAAAAAUGAUCUGAAAUGAGAAAGAGUAGGGAAAAGAAGCAAACCCAAAAAGGAAAGAAGAGGUGUGAGUAAAGAUGCAUGACAGGAGAAACAUUUUAAGACUUUCCUGCCACUGUUACCUUUGGCAGUCGGCUGGUGUGAGUUAUGAGGGGGUGUCCAGACUGCAGAUUCAGCCCUUGUGUGUGUGUCUGUGUGUGUUAAAGACAGAGUGUGGUUGUCUGUAUGUGUGCUUGUGUGUGUCAGGUACAUGCAAUCCACUGGACCGUGAUGUGUCAUAUUUGAAGUUCCAUCUGAGGAACCAGAGUGGAUGCUGACAGCAUUCAGGCCAACCAGAGAUCAAACAGUGUGAUGUUACCACAGCAACAGUAUCAUAGUGUCAAAUUAUAAGGCUUACGGUCCAAAACACCAUAUGAAAGCCAAAUGGAAUUGGACAUUCAUACAUUCAUUCAUUUUCUGAACUGCUUAAUCCUCAAGAGGGAUACUGCAGUCAAUUAGGUGAUGGUGGAGUAAACCCUGGACAUGAUGCCAAUUCAUUGCAGGGCUUAGAAUUAGACAGUAUGACCUUUUUCCUGCUUCUAUAUGUUUAUCUCAGGUCAAAUGGCCAAUAAGAUGUGGAUGCUUGAAUUUGACUGUGGGCUGAGUGCUUAGUUUUACCUCUGUCAAGAUAUCCAAGGUUGUUCUCAUUUUAAAGGUGUGGAACAUACAUGGUGAAACAGGCAAUUUAUUUAAAAGUGUACUGUGUAGAAUUUAAGUGAUUUUUCCACUUAUCCACUCACAGUACAAGCUUGACUCACCUUGACUCAGCACAGCUUUUUCUGUAUUUCCACUGUGUGAGAGCAGAUCACCAAGUACUGUCAGAUGCUCUUUCAUGUACCACUUUUUUCAAGGAUCCAAACCUGCCAAAAUGACACUAAAUGUGGCAUAAGAUCAUGUCAAUCUCAGAAUGGUUGAGUACAAAUCAAUGCUGCAUCAAUGCUGAUGAUGCCACGAUGUGGAAUACCAAGCUCAGCGAGCAGAAAAUCUCCCCAAAUGCAGAAGAACAUUUUUAAAUUGGCUCUAUCUUAAUAAAUCAACCACAGAUAUGAGUCAUUUUAUUUUUGUUUUAUCCUCCUCCAUUGAUUCUUUACUCACAGCUACUGUCACACUAACGAUAAAGUCACAAUAGUUAUUAUUGCUGAUAACCAUCUGUGCUGAAGUAGCACUGUACCUGAAAUGGAAAUGCUAAACAGAGCCAAGUCUUACCAAGGUGAGUCACAGUGGUACUGGUGGCAGAAACGUGGCGUGUAAUUUCAGCUGAAUAUCCUUCAUGUCCACUUCCAGGUGGGAAUGGGAACUUACAAUGUCACCUAAAAAUGUGGAAAUCACUAAAGGAUCUCUUUGCAGACACUGUUUGGUUUGUCCACUUUCGGCCAUUGUAGAGAUAGGGUAGCACAACACGAUGGACUCUAUAGAGGGGGUCCGCUCUGGUAGGUUUUUGUCUAAGUCAAUGAUCCUUCUCUUGUAGUUAAGUCUUUCCAAGCUGAAUUCUUCAUUUGCCAUUUAAGAAUCCUUCUUACAAAUCAGAAAACACUUGACUGAAGAGUCUAUUGAGUGUACAAGUUACAUUAUUGAGGUUCAGAAAUGGAGAAUUGGGGUCCUCAAAGUUACACAAUGAUGACAAACAUGCCAACUACACCUAUUCAGUCAACAUACUUCAUUAACUAAAGCUGGAAUGUCACCAAUUAUUACACAUGUACAGUGUCAGUGGUAUUACAAUUUAGCACUAAUAAAUACUUUAUACGGACAAUAAUAAGAUGCUUGCAUAUUGCAUUUAGUUGUCCUUCCUCAUGCAGAGGAUUGUGGGUGUCGAAAGACCAGAGGGAAUUGCUGAGGAUUCAUGGAAGACUGGAAUUUUUCAGCUGAAUUUUAGACAUUGGAACAGUCCUUUAGAGAAAUCUGAUUAUGUAGCAUCCUCAAAAUGAAGCUGUUAACAAUCCUCUCUGCACAAUUUAUUCUAAAGUGACAAUAACACAGUGAUUUAUACUGUCAGAUGAGUAUACACUACUGAAAACAUAAGUAUUAUAAUUAUAUUCCUGAUAAUAAAUUUCCCUAAAUCCUACAGAUUGCACCUUUAAAAUUCAAUGUAUCUCCUAAUAGCUGUACAUUUACAAAUGUGGUUUAUUGUGCAUUCCUGGUUUAAAAACCCUUGUUGAACCUUUUACAGUGUGCUGUAGAUCUCUUGUCUGCAUACUGCACCUAAUAGCUGAGGAGCAUGUCAAAAUUUAAACAGAAGCAAAUAAAAAUAGAUAUGUAAAUAGGAACAAAAUGGUUUAAACCUAGAGAUUAGACCCUAGUUUAUUUAUAGUGAUGUAUAAAGAUUAUGAAAUGAACUGUAUGUCAAGUGCUUGUUUUUAUUGGCAUUGAGGAUGGUGGCUUGUAGAAAAGGUACUUUAUGGAGUCAUUAGUCAAGAGCGAUCAUUCAGUUUUUUUCUGGAUUUUCAAUUAAUCGUGUGUUCGAUUAAAAUAGAAUUUCUAAUUACAUUUCUGUAAAUAUCAGUUUUAACUUGCUGUAUGUACUGUGCUAUAACUGGUGCGUAGAAAAUAAACAGGGCAUAUUGUCCUUUAGCAGGACAGUCAAACACAGUGGACAUUAUUUGUCAGUUUUUAAUGUCUUACACAGGGUCUGCUCAUCUCCACUGCCUCUGCCUUUACUCAUAAUUUCACACAGCUGUUAAAACACAAGCACUGUACACACAAUGAUCUUAAGCAGAAAUAAAGACCACAUUGUAGAUGAUAAAGUAACAACCUGUCUACCCUCACAUGAUCCUCAGAUAGAUGGUAAUGAACGAUUUCAAAAUACAAAAUGACAUUUCAAAACAGACGUCACAAUAUUAAAGAUAAAACAGGAUGAAGUGUUCUUUAAUUGCUUGCUCUUUCACAUGACUUUAAUAUUUCAGUGUGUCUGCUUGUUCUUCAUCAAACAGCCUGAUAUGUGUGAUGUUAGGAUGAAGUGUGUACUAUGUUCUGUGGGCUACAAUAAACUCCUA